CAACAAUCAAGUAUGCGAAUGCGUUCAUUCGUUGACCAGCUGGUCAAUAUCGAUCACCAACCUUAAGCUUUUUCCUGUUUGUCUCUGUUGAGCACGUGCGCGCUCAUCGCAGCAGAGGCGGUGGAGCUCUUACAUGGUCGGUAUACAGUGGCAGGCGAUAUUAGAGCCGCUAUCCCUCGUUGUGCGGGUAUUCCUUUUAUGGACUCAGUCGGUCAAAUAAUAUUUAGGCUGUGAGUUCUUAACUUGUGAGCUGUCCUUAGAAGUGAAAACGGGAUUGUGCCGUGGAAUGGCGCGAGAUGCCCAAAGAUUUCAGCUGCUUAAACGGAGUGGGCAUAUCCUGGACGCAGAUGACCUCGCAGAUGCAUUGCGACGCAAAUAUCCUGAAUACGAACGGAGAAAAAGAGCAGCUUUCAAGAAUCUGAUAACUGACUGCUUUCGAGCACUCAACGUCGAUGAAGAAAUGCUUGAGGCUAAUAGGACAGAAAGUAAUAUGGCAAAUCGUUCAUUGAUAAAAUUGUAUUCGUCGUCCACACCAAAGGGAUCUACAGAUGACCUUAUUCCGAAGACACUAAACUCCAAGAAGCGCCUUGCUGAGGGAGACGGACAUGUUGAUGGUGAAGUGGAACAGGCUAUCAAAAAAAAAAAGAGCAGCAGAAAUGAUAAAGGGGUUCAACUUGCUUACCCCACGAUGAAGUUAGCAGAUGUAGGUGGAAUGGAAGACAAAUUGCUCGAGGUUGUUAAUUUGCUAAUGCACAUGACCCACCCGGAACUUUAUCGUCAUCUGGGGGUUCUACCACCUAGAGGGUUUCUCCUGCACGGACCUCCAGGGUGUGGUAAAACCAUGCUUGCUGGAGCUAUCGCAGGGGAGCUUGGGCUACCACUACUAAAAAUUGCAGCACCCGAAAUUGUAGCAGGGAUAUCGGGUGAAUCAGAACAACGCAUCCGGGACCUAUUCGCGCAGGCUGUCGCUGCCGCUCCAUGCGUGUUCUUCAUUGAUGAAAUUGAUGCUGUUACGCCGAAACGUGAAACUGCACAACGCGAAAUGGAACGCCGAAUUGUAGCCCAACUUCUCACGUGCGUUGAUGACCUGAGCUCACGAGAACUGCCGCAGGAGGUUCUACUGAUCGGAGCUACGAAUCGACCGGAUAGUCUUGAUCCUGCUUUACGACGAGCGGGCAGAUUCGAUAGGGAGAUUGCCUUAGGGAUUCCUUCAGAAAAAUCGAGGUCGCGUAUUCUACGUGUGCUUUGUAGGAGCCUUCGGCUGGAGGAGAACUUUGAUUUUGAUAGGAUUGCUCAUUUAACACCCGGAUUUGUUGGAGCAGAUCUUACAGCGCUCACUAGAGAAGCGACCGUUUUAUCUGUCAAGAGGUUAAUUUUAUCAAUUGAAGAAAAGCGUAACGCAUUGAAGCAAAAUGAUAGCUUGGCCGAGGCCAUGGAAGCAAGUAAGCUCGAACAGGUAAACUGUAGUGAUAACAAAUUUGCGAUCUUACUCGACCAGGCCCUUUCGACGCUCAAAGCAGAGUGGGAUUUGAAUGAAGAGGAACUCGACAGUCUUCGUAUUCUUCAGGCCGAUUUUGUCGAAGCGAUAUCCUUGGUGCAGCCUUCAGCAAAACGGGAGGGUUUCGCGACAAUACCCGACGUAACGUGGGAAGAUGUAGGAGCGAUGAACGAUGUCCGGGAAACAUUGCAAGUUCAUAUUAUGACUGCGGUUAAACAUCGUGAACAAUACGACGCUCUCGGGUUAAACACAUCAACUGGCAUCCUCAUGCAUGGGCCGCCUGGCUGUGGCAAGACUCUGAUAGCUAAAGCUGUUGCGAACGAAAGUGGUAUAAACUUUAUCUCAGUAAAAGGUCCUGAGCUGCUUAAUAUGUACGUAGGGGAGAGCGAACGUGCUAUUCGUCAAGUGUUCCAACGGGCUCGAGCAUCGGCACCUUGCGUAAUUUUUUUCGACGAGCUUGACGCACUCUGUCCAAGACGCUCAGAUGCAUCAGACGGUGGGGGCUCCGCAUCGCGCGUCGUAAACCAACUGCUUACCGAAAUGGACGGCCUAGAACCGCGUAAGCAAGUAUUUAUUUUGGCUGCGACAAAUCGACCAGAUAUCAUUGAUCCUGCGAUGUUGAGACCUGGUAGACUCGAUCACGUCAUACAUGUCGGCCUUCCGUCAAGAGACGAUAGAGUCAGUAUUAUUCGAGCGCUUACUAAAAACGCAACUAAGCCACCAAUAAGCGGGGUAACAUUCGACGAGCUUGCCGAUGCCACGAAUGGCUUUUCAGGAGCCGAAUUGGCUGCACUAGUCAAGACGGCAUCGAUAAGCGCGCUCACUGAACAACUAGCGAAGGAUUCUAAUGAGAAGGUGGUCGUAGAGGCAAGGCAUUUUAACCAAGCGCUUAAAAAAUUAACGUCAACGAAAAAAAACAAGAGAUAGUAGAUGACCAUUAAUGCAAUUGAACUGUACUUUAAUAUGUACAUACAAAAACUACCACUGUAAUUAUAAUUACUUUGUGAAAAAAAAAUACAAGAUUGCUGAAUAAACAAAUUAACAAAUGAAGAAUAUGC